AUGUUUCUCUCGAAAUCAAGCGACAGCAACUCUACCACACCCUCUUCGUCAUUUCCUCUUUUCAUUCUUCAAAUCUUUUUCUUUUCUUUAUUUCUUCUCUUGCUUCUUUCUCCUUUUCUUUCUUCCUUCCUUUUUUGUCUUCGUUACUUUUUCCUUUUCUUUUUUCAUCUUUUGCUCUUCUCUUUUCCAUUUCGUUCCAUUUUGCUUUUGUCUUUUUUCUUAUUCAUCUUUCUUCCUUUUCGUUGCAUUUCCUUUUUUUCAUCAAUUUUAUUAUUCUUUCCUAAUUUCUUCAUUCUUUUUUUAUUUCUUUCGUUUCUUCCUUUCUUUUCCUUUCUCUUCUGUGUUUAUUCUUCUUCAUUUUUCUUUUAUUACUUUUUUCUUUCUCGUCUUCCCUUUUCGUUUUCAUUUUUCAUUCCUUUUUUUUUUCUUCUUUCUUCACUGCAUUCUUUUCACCCUUCUUUUUCCUUUCCUGUUUUUUUUCUUUUCUUUUUCUUUUUGUGUUAUAAUCUAUCUAUAUUCGUCCUUUUAUUUCUGCAAUUAAUCAUUUCGUUCUUUGGGUUGUUUUCUUUUUCUUUUUUCCAUAUUUCGUGUUUUUCAUUUAAUCUACUUUAUUUCCUUUUGUAA